AUGAAUCCUUACGAUAUUAUAGAAAUAUCACCGAAAGGAGAAUGUAUUGCUGCUUAUAAUAAAGUAAACAAAGUUAUUGACUGGUACUGUGUUUAUGCAUAUGGCGGUACAAUUUCAGCUAUGUGUGUCUCUGAUCAAAUGAAGAUAGCGUAUAUUCAAGAUAAUUACUUUAUCAAGAUCAUCGAUAUGAAAAAUAUUUAUCAAGAAAAGAGAUUGAGAUUGAAAUUUGAAGUAUCAGAGGUACAACAUUGUAACUUUAACCUUGAAGGAGAUCUUAUCUUCUCUUGCACGGUUGAUGGCCCUAACGGGUUGGAAAAUAUUGUUUGCGUUUAUUCAAUACAAACCAAAACUAAUAAAACAAAGUGGAAAAUUUUCUUCAAGAUAUCUGAUGGGGCGGAUGUAAUAAACAUAUCAAAUUAUAAUAAAAUUUUACUACGUUUAAAUGAUAAUAUAUAUGAAUGGGAUGUUCUUAUGGGUCAUACAACCAUAAUAACAAAAAGCAUAUAUGAGGAAUACACCUGUCUGAAAUUAGAUAACAUUAUUGUUGUUUAUUCAAAUGAAUUGUCUUUUCCUAUCGCGAAAUUUAAUUUAAAAAAUGAAGAAAAACAAAAUCAACUGUAUAGUUUUGAUAAAAAACGUCCAAACUUGAGAUGUUUAUUACUUUCUUUGUUUGAUGAUGAGUUAUUAAAAUUAAUGAUUAAGGUUUCAAACGGUAGCAUUGAAGCUAAGGAGGUCGAAUUUGUUAAGCCCAAAAAUGAUUAUGAUAACUUAACUUUUUCUGAAAUUGGGGAUGAUUUAAGAAGGGUAUAUCAAUUGGAGAAAAGUUCUAUUAUUUGGAAAAUUGAAGGAAAACAGAAGAUCAAAGUUAAUAAUGAAGGCACCGAGAGAAGGAAUAUCAAAGGCGAAAUCACACAUUACGUGAGGGAUUUUGAAAAAAAGAUAAAAAGGUUUAAGGAUUUAGUUCAAAAAAGCAAAGGCGAGAAGGAAGAUAUAAAUAAUAAAUUAGAUGAAUUUGUAUCUAAAAUUGAAGAAUCAAGAUCAAAACUUAUGAAAUUAUCAAAAGAUUUGGUUGAUAAGAUAAUUCAAAUUGAAGGAUUAGAUAAAGAACUUUCAAAUUGGAAAAUUAUUACAGGAAAAAUAGUUUUUGAUCAGAACAAAAUUGACAAAAUUGAUGAACAAAAUAUAAGUGUUGUGGAACAAAUACAAAAUGAUUUUAUUAACGGCAUUAAUAAAUUAUCUGAGGAAUUAAAUAAAAAUCUUCGCAAACAGAAAAAGCAUAAUAUAAAAACAAAAUUGGAGAAAUUAUUUAUUAAUCAAAUAACUCAUCUAAAAAAUUUCGAAACAGAUGAUAUUUAG